AUAGUAAAACGUGCCGCAAUUCCAAACGUGCGCGUUAAAUACGCGCGUGCGUCCUCUCCACUUUUCCACGCUCCCUUCCUCUCAGCGCGAGGACAGAAGCCUCUGUGGGAUCAACAGGUCUGCAGGAGCAGCGCAGACCCUCUCUCGGAGUUUCUGCCGGACUGUACCGGGAUGAACGUGGCUUUGUUUUCCUCCCUGAACCCGCAUCCGUCCCGCAGCUCCAUGAGCGGAUCCUGAAGAGUGCGCUUCCUCUGCGGGCUGCUGGAAAACCAGAAGAAGAGGAGGAGACCCAGCUGAAAACUUAGGAUCCUGAAUCUGGAUGAAACUAUCUUCAGUUUAACUUUCUCUGCUCAGCUCGCUGAAAUCUGUCGAGAUGGCUCCGAGGACCCCGAGGACUUUUCUCUGGAUGCUUUUCUUGAUACCAGCUCUGAGAUGUGAAGCUGAUCCAGGUCUGUCGGUGGAUUCAGAGGCUGUGGCUGAAGCUCAGAGUGGAUCUGCACCAACACCUGAGGGUUACUACCUGGAGUUCCAGGAGCCCCUCAACAACAUCACACACUUCCAGGGUCAGACAGCCACGCUGCACUGCAAAGUCACAGGAAACCCCCGACCCACCAUCCGCUGGCUGAAGAACGAUGCCCCCGUAUUCCAGGAGCAGGGACGCAUCACUAUACGCAGGACUGAGGCCGGGUCCAAGCUCAGGAUACAGGACCUGGACACGACUGACACUGGGUACUACCAGUGUGUCGCCUCCAACUCUCUCAAAGUCAUCUCUGCGACCGGCGUGCUGUACGUCAAACUAGGACAGAUGCCCACACACAGCCCGGACGAAACCUCUCGUGACAAAGGUUUCUGUCAACCAUACAGAGGCAUCGCCUGUGCACGCUUCAUCGGUAACCAGAGCAUCUACGUGGAGUCUCUGCAGAUGCAAGGAGAGAGUGAGAACCGCAUCACAGCUGCGUUCACGAUGAUCGGCACCUCCACCCACCUCUCGGAUCAGUGCUCCCGGUUUGCCAUCCCCUCCUUCUGUUACUACGUCUUCCCGCUGUGUGACGACGGCUCCAGGGGCCCUCGUAAGCGUCAGCUCUGCAGAGACGAGUGUGAGGCCCUGGAGAACGAGCUGUGCCACUCUGAGUACACCAUCGCCAGAUCCAACCCCAUGAUCCUCAUGCAGCUGGAGCUCCCUAAAUGCCACCUGCUGCCGCGACCAGGGACGAGUGAUGCCGCCUCGUGCAUGAGGAUCGGAGUGCCGCAGGACAAACUGGGACCAUACUCCCCCUCAGAUCACAGCUGUUAUAACGGGAGCGGGGCGGACUACAGAGGAACCGUCAGCGUCACAAAGUCCGGCCAUCACUGCCAGCCGUGGAACGCUCAGUACCCGCACAGCCAUCACAUGACCCAGGAACACCCCGAGCUGAGGGGGAGUAACAACUUCUGCAGAAACCCUGGAGGACAGAUGGAGGCGCCCUGGUGCUUCACCCUGGACCCUCAGGUCAGGGUGGACCUGUGUGAAAUCCAGCCCUGCAGACCUCCAGACAACCCCCGGAAAGAGAUCCUGUUCAUCCUGAUCCCUGCGAUUGCCAUCCCGCUGGUCAUCGCCUGCCUCUUCUUCCUGGUUUGCAUGUGUCGUAACAAACAAAAGGAUUCAAUAGACUCACCUCCACGCUGCCAGCUAAGCAACUCACAAAACCAGGACAUGGAGCUGUCUCUGCUCAGCCAACAGAAGCACCAGGCCAAGCUGCGGGAGAUUAACAUGUCAGCCGUGCGGUUUAUGGAGGAGCUGGGCGAGGACCGGUUCGGCAAGGUUUACAAGGGCCACCUGUACGGCACCGCACCUGGAGAGCAGAGCCAGGUGGUGGCCAUCAAGACAUUAAAGGACAAAGUCGACACCACUCUCUGCGAGGAGUUUCGACAUGAGGCCAUGGUCCGUUUCCACCUGCAGCACCAGAACUUAGUUUGUCUCCUGGGUGUGGUUACCAAAGAGCAUCCCAUGAGCAUGAUAUUCACCUUCUCCAGCAUCGGGGAUCUGCACGAGUACCUGGUGAUGCGCUCCCCUAACUCGGACGUUGGCAGCUCAGAUGAUGACAAGACGGUGAAGUCCACACUUGAGCAGGCAGAUUUCCUUCAUGUUAUCACUCAGAUCGCUGCAGGGAUGGAGUACCUCUCCAGCCAGCAGGUCGUCCAUAAAGACAUGGCAGCCAGGAAUAUUCUGGUCUUUGACAAACUCAGCAUCAAGAUUCUGGAUCUGGGGUUGUUCAGAGAAGUCUAUUCAGCAGAUUACAACAAUCUCAUGGGAACGAGUCCUUUCCCAAUCCGGUGGAUGUCCCCAGAAGCUAUCAUGUACGGAAAGUUCUCUACCGACUCCGACAUCUGGUCCUAUGGUGUCCUCCUGUGGGAGACUUUCAGCUACGGUCUACAACCAUACUGUGGAUACUCCAACCAGGACGUGAUCGAGAUGGUCCAAAACCACCAGCUGCUCUCCUCUCCGGAUGAUUGCCCAGCCUGGAUUUACACCCUCAUGCUGGAGUGCUGGAGUGAGUUCCCUGCUAGACGGCCUCGCUUCAAAGACAUCCACACCCGUCUGCGCUCCUGGGAGAGCCUGUCCAACUACAACAGCUCCGCUCAGACUUCUGGCACCAGCAACACCACCCAGACCAGCUCCCUGAGCACAAGCCCUGUUAGCAACAUCAGCAUGAGCACAGCCAACGCAUCACGCUACACCAGCCCCAAGAAGACCUCCCCGUUCCAUCAGCCCCAGUUCAUGCCCAUGAAGGGGCAAAUGCACCGGCCGAUGGUGCCCCCUCAGCUUUACAUCCCUGUCAAUGGAUACCACCCCAUGCCAGCCUACCCAUACCUGCAGAACUUUUACCCCAUGCAGAUACCCAUGCCCAUGCCUCAGCAGCAGAUUCACCACCCGUCACAGAUGGUCCCCAAAGCUGGCUCUCACCACAGCGGCAGUGGAUCCACGUCUACAGGGUACGUCACCACUGCCCCGUCCAACACUUCAGCCACAGAGCGAGCAGCUUUGCUACACGAGGACUCCAAGACCACUGAGGAGGACUUUGCUGAACGGGGGUCUCCAGAAGAGAUAGACCAACACAAGGACUUGUCAGUGCCUGAAACAGAGCUGCUAGGUGACAAUGAUCCUGCACAGACUGAUGAACUGGUGAUUCACCUGUCGGACACAUAGACGAGGUGUCUGAAGGACAGUAAAGCUGAAAUCAUCUGUGAGCCGUGCUUGCCUAAACUUCCAUGAGUCAAGUGAAGUGAGCAAACAUGCAGAACAGUGACUGAAUGUUUUUGUACAAGUUUCUCUGAUAGUACUGACCCCAAUGAAUGUCAAGUGUGUCUCACGUCUGUACCUCUCACACACCUGUGCCAAUCAGCAAGCAAAGUAACACCCAGUCCUCUGAACAGGUGUUGUUGCUGCAGUGUAGAAGACUUUAUGUAAGUGAGAAUCUGAUGCACAUGGCGAUAAUUGGUAAGAAAUAAGGUUGUGAUUCAAGUCCCCAACAACCAACCUCCAAACUCUGGAUCACACAAACAUCGGUGGCCUGCAGAAACAAGAACUCAGGUGUCAGAGGUGUCGGAGAAGUGUUUUGAUUGUUCACCACUUGUGCCUGACAUUUUGUAAGACAGUGCAGUUUAGAUACUUCAAGAGCAGUGCGCAGAAACAAUAACUGAAUGUUUUUGUACAAGUUUCUUAGAUAACUGGUGCGAUUGAUUGUAAGGUGUCCCAUUUUUGUACCUCUCAUCCACAAGAACCCUAGAGCUUGCCCUUUCCUGAUAGACACAAUGCAAACAUCACCAUGGAUUCAUGCAAUCCUCCCAACUUUGGAUACCAGACUCCUCAACCAGUUGUGCACCCAGAGCCCAGAACCGAACCCAGGAGUUUGCAAUCUGUGCAGCUUUCAAAGAUUUAAAAAUGUUUGAGGUUCUGAUUUGAUGAUUCGUGGAAACAGCAUGUUGAGAACCGCAGCACAUCUGUGAUGGAUGAAAAUGUUGUAGAUUUAAAAGUAAAUGUCUAUGUUUAGUUUGUUAAAUGGUACUCACUGAGAUUGACUUUGGAACAGAACAUGUGACUGAUUUUCUACCACGUUAAUAAUUGUAACAUCAACUUUGAUAACCAAGUUGUGCAGACUUGUAUUUAUGUACUUUGGUUUACUUUGUACUUUGUACGUUGUGUUAAUGCUGUGUCCUCUCCACCAUGUGUGCUCUGUUUAAGCAAAUUAUUGAUCAAAAUGUGUCCACGUAAAGUCGUAUGAAUAAAUCGGGGACUGCCCCCUCAAUAAGAGAAGGAAACUA